UAAGAUACCGGUGGUGACAAGGGGAUAUGCACUGGCCGCAUCACUAACAGCCGGCAAUAUCUCAGCGACCGUCGCACUCGCAGUACUUUCUCUACGUUAAGUGCACGUGUGUCCAGUAUAUUCUUAAUUUUCAACUAGUCAUUAUAGUCGGAAAUAACCAGAAUUCAGACAUGAGUUCUCCAUCGUUAAAAGAUUUGCCUAAAGUAGCCUUUGAUUUAAAAAGUCAACUAGAAGGGUUCAACACAGAAAAUAUGAAAAAAGCUGACACAAACGAAAAAAUUGUUCUUCCAACUGCCGAAGACGUGAAACGUGAACGUCAGCAUAACGAUCUCAUUCAAGAUGUGAAUAACUUUUGCCCAGAUAAGCUUAAAAGAACUGACACCAUGGAAAAAGUUGUCCUACCAAAUGCGCAAGAUGUAGCUCAAGAGAAAACUCAAAAGGCAUUCACGGAAGCGCUCAUCGAAGGCGUUUCUGGAUUUGACGUCGGUAAGCUGAAGCAUACCGAAACCCAAGAAAAAAAUCCACUUCCUGAUAAAUCCGCAAUUGAAGUAGAAAAGGAGCAGCAACAAUUCAUUUCUGGUAUUGAAAAUUUUGAUCCCAAAAAAUUAAAGCACACCGUUACUGAAGAAAAGAACCCAUUGCCAACUAAAGAAGUUAUCGCUGAAGAGAAAAAUGCGUAACAUUCCAAUACUGAUCUGCUUAAACUAAAUCGAUAUAUUCUUAAAUGUAUUCAGUUAUUAGCUUUAAAUUUUUUUAUUUCACUUUAUAAUCUACUCUUUCUAGAUAAAAAAUAAUCUAAGACCCAAAAACUGAUACUGUUUUUUGAUAUAUUAAUGAUUUAUUGUUUAGAAGUAUAUAAUAUUUUUUUAACAUAAUGCUAAUUUUUGUUUAAUCAUGCCUAUUUAUAUAUUUUUAUUUUAUUUUUUUUUUUUUUUUUACAAUUGUCUAUAACCUAAACAAAUUCGUAGUCUAUAACACCUAUGCAAAAAUAUUUAUUACAAAAAUUAUGUAUUUCUUAAGAAAAAAAUCAAAUAAAUGUAUAGUUUUAUAAAAAAAAAAUUGAUUCAAAAUUUUUGAUAAAAAUAUAUUACUUGUAAGUAUUACCUAA